GGGAGUGGGAUGGAAUCCGCGCGUGGGCGAUCGUGUGGCCGACUGGUUCCGCAGCAGCAUUGGCACCAGAUUGGUGGGGCUUGUGAGGGCAGCGUUCGAUUGGUUUGGGCUCGAGAUAGAUCGCCCGGCGGGGGCGUGGUUUUUCGAUGUCAUGCCCGACGGAACAGUCUCUUGUACUCUGUCUGAGCUCAAGUGUGGCCAUUGCUCGUGUUCUUAGCGCUCCUGUGCCAGACACCUUCUUGCUCCAUUGCCACUGACUACUUCAUGCGCCAGCGACAAGAUUGUUCUUGGCGGCAGCAAUCGCGCCCAGAAUCGCGAUUGCUCUUCUCCACCCUUCUUUGCACUGUAACCGGGCUUGCCGAGCUCGAUCAAUCGACUUUCCAAGCCAGUGAAAUGUUGUGAGCAUCGCAAAACGGAUUCCCUCCACCCCCACAUCUGCCUUAUAGACGCCGCUUCUACGUGAGCGACCCAAUGAGUAGCCUCUUUUUCACCUGGCUGCUGCUUCAGCACCAAAGCAUCAAGCAGCCCUUCGAGUGGCUUGACGCUUUGAAAGCUCAAGCCAUAGCCGGCGGUGCCGGGCAGCAUGACAAGCUCAUGCUCUUGCUUCUACACACUUACGCUAGUAGCUUCGUGCCGCUUAGUUUGAAGUGGAUCAAGUGGUGCAACGAUCUUUUCCAUGAACUCCCACGGAUAGAGUGGAAGUCUGUGGACGUCAGCUUUGGUGUCCGGCAGAUAUUGGAGGAGCUCAUGGCUGCUGGAGAACACGAAUCAUGGGACGCAAGCAUUUGCGAGCGUCUCAACCACUGGGUUUCCGUGCACUCGUCAUCCCACCGCAAUUCUGGUUUUAUCACAGUGGAUGCAAGCGUGUUGGUUGGUCAGCUUCUGUAUGGCUGGAUGCUGACAAUGAAAGGACAGAGCAACCAUGCCAUGCUCCUGGAACUUUGCUUCACGACCAAGAAGUCGAUUGUGGAGCACGCCCAGUCUCUAGCAGCGGAAUCCAGCAAGGAACGGGAUCGGCUCCUCCACGCCGCUGCCACUGUCUUUGGCAAGGAAUUCAGCAGCAACUUUGUGAUACUGUGCGAGAAUCCACAGUGGAAGGAAUCUGGCAUGACCCGUUUCUCGGUGAGAACACAGAGAGCUUGGAAGGGACAGUUUUUGGGUCCGACACCCCAGGACGAGCAAGUUAUAAGCAAGCACAGAGAUUUUCCACCUCAGCUCUGCGACAUGAUCCUCUACCUAGUUUAUUUGAUCUUUGAAGAUUGCAUGCGUCUGAAUGCUGAUCGUGAACGGUGGAAGGAAGACUGCGAGAUGCUACUGUGUAGUUCCCCCAGCUCGUUUAAUAGCUACAUUGGCAAAAGGGAUAUUUGUGUCUUCCAAGGGACAAAUGUGUGCCAGCCAGGGACACAUCCCAGGCAAAGAACCACGGGGCAAGCAAAGAAAAUGGCAAUUGAAACCACGCCCUUCUACUGAGAAGACACCAAGACAUGUUUUUCCUUAUGUUCUUCUUCAAGGACAAGUUCUUCCUUGGAGAUGGCAGGAUAUUUCCCUCCGCAACAGAGGUCUCCUAAGCAAACCACACAGCGCACAACUACCCCACUAUUUACCAGUGAGCAAGAAAAUUGAAUACAGAACUGCUUAGUGGUAGAACUGCUUAGAGACAUGAGCAAAACACAUGUGAAACUCUUCCAAUUCUCUUCCUUCCUUCU